GGGACACCGCUGUGUUUCAGGAAGGCAGCUACUGGAUCAGGGGACGCACCUCGGUGGACAUCAUCAAGAGUGGAGGUUACAAGAUCAGCGCCCUGGAAGUGGAGCGCCACCUGCUGGCCCACCCCAGCAUUGCAGAUGUUGCCGUGAUCGGUGCCCCAGACCUUGUCUGGGGUCAGAAGGUCAGCGCAGUGGUAGAACUCCACAAGAGCCAGGAAUUGUCUCUCCAGACCCUCAAGAAAUGGGCCAGGGAGACCAUGCCCUCUUACACCAUCCCUUCUGAGCUGCUCCUGGUGGAGGAAAUUCCCCGCAACCAGAUGGGGAAGGUGGAUAAGAAGCAGCUGCUCAAACAAUUCUACAGCACCUUGUGAAAGCGCCUCUGCCUCUGCCCGAUGGAACGCGGGUCUCUGUGGCCGAAGAGCCGGACUGGACGCCCUUCCCUUCAAAGCCGGACCCUGAUCCUUGGGGGUUGGCUUGCCUUCAGCUCGUCACCCGGAAGACCGAACAGGGCCUGGGCUCAUUAGCGGCAGGGGAGGCCUUGCUCCGCUGCUCCGCUGCUCCUGCGCUGGCCUACCAGGAACACGAGGUCUGCUGGCGGAUGGGGAAGAGGUCCUGGCGUGGCCUGUGGCCCUGCGGGAGGUGGACAGAAGCCACGGCCUCCCUUGGCUCAGCCAGAGUGCAGGAAGGCCACGAACACCAUCCCAGCACAGGAGCCUCCCCCCUCCUGAUCCUCCCUUACCAAAGAUGGGGAAACGUGGGCCCGACCCUUCCCUCCCCUCUGAGGAAGGAGGAAUCCCCCCCCCCCAAGCGCACCUGCGGAGCCAAGGAAUCCAAUGCGGGAUUGUGCGUGUCGGGGAGACAAGCCGCUCAAAACGGAAGUCACGUCCAUUCAGGUCAUCUCUCCCCCCGCCCCCCUUUUCCAUGCUCCUGCGCAACUCUGGCUUUUUAAAAAUCCACAUUAAAUUAACAUUCUCA